UGCAAAACGAGAACCUCUUGUGCUGCGAUUUUAAUUGUGGAGGCCUGUGAAAGAAUCGCUUUUUACAGUCUUUUAGGGAACUUGGUGCUUUUUCUAAACGAGAACCCGCUUCACUGGAAUGCUUACAAUGCUUCGUCUCUCUCCUUCUAUUUUCUGGGCCUGUCUUUUAUUACUUCUUUGCUGGGGGGUCUCAUCGCUGAUACCCUCCUCGGACGCUUUAAAGGACUUUUAUUUUCCUUCCUCAUCUAUGUUAUUGGUUAUUUCUUCCUUCUUUUCGUCGCGGCACCCGUCCACAAAGAUGGCAAGAAGAACGUCUUCUAUAAUUUCUGCCCCAACCACACACGGAACAGCAGUAUGCACAUUCCAAAUCUCUUCGAGGAAAACUGUUCACUUCCCAUUUUCUUCAUUUUAACCACUGCUGCCGUUGGAAUCGGAUUCUUCAAAGCUAACAUCAUUCCUUUUGGCGCUGACCAGGUUCAAAACAAUUCACCUGUGAACAUCAGGAGUUUUUUCAAUUGGUUCUACCUGGCUUUGAAUAUUGGUGCCUUCAUCGGUCUUGGAGUGCUGACUUUUAUACAGCAGUAUUUUUCCUUUUUCUAUGGUUUUGCUGCAGCUCUUGGAACACUGGCAUUGGGAUUUCUUGUAUUUGUUGCAGGUCGAUGUUGUUAUAAAGUUUCCCCGCCAAAUGGAAGUGUUCUUAUUAAUAUUUACCAAAUUAUAAACAAUGCCUUUGUCAACAGACGCAAGUGCAAACAGAAGCGGAUCACCUUUAAUUCCUAUAAUUCCCAACUGGAUCAAAUCGAGGAUAAUUUGCACAAGAAGAGCUUUUUGGAUUAUUCGAAAGUUCGUUACGGAGGGCGUUUCCAUGAUUCACUGGUGAACGAUGUAAAGGCUCUUGGGAAAGUUUUUAUCUUCUUCAUUGCUUUAAUUCCCUACUGGAUGGUGUAUUUUCAGAUGGAGACAACAUUUUUAGUGCAGGGGCUGCACAUGAGGCUUUCAAUGCAAAAUGGCACUGCGAAAGUCUUACAAAAUCAUAACUAUAAUUGCACAAAAGCAUCAGAAGUUAAUUAUCCAAAGGUAGCCGUAGCCUGGCUGUCCCUCUGUGAUGUUCUCCUCAUAUUCUUGAUCUUGCCUCUCAUGGAAAAAGUCAUCUAUCCUUGGUUUGACUCCGUGGGUUAUUCGUUCUCGUUGACUCAACGCAUCACCACUGGUAUGAUAUUCGCAGUCCUUGCAAUGGUUGCUGCUGGUGUGGUGGAAUUAUUUCGGCUGCAAACUGUCUACUACGACCCCAAAUACCAAUGCCAGUGUCACAUUAUUGAGCAGACCAUUGGCACUCUGGGGCAACAUGAUCAAUUCUAUGCUGCAGACAUGAGCAUCUUCUACCAAGUUCCACAAUACGCCUUUCUUGGAAUCAGUGAAGUCUUUGCAAGUGUUGCAGGUAAGAAACAAACUUUUGAUCUUUCCAUUAAUUCCAUUAUGCUCUGAACUAAUGGUUCUCAA